CUACUGGCGAAUCCCCGCGCCUUGCAGUGCUCUGAUUGGUGGAGACGUUCUAGGCCCGGAGCCCUGCGCUCGGCUGCCGAAGAUCUACCCGCCUGGAGUUGAGGCUGGGCGGCGAUCGCUCAGCGAACCCGGCCGCGGCCCUCGGCAAGGACAGGCGGGGCGGCCUCGGCUGCACCCGGCGCUUCAUUCCAGGCGCUGAAGCAGCUCCCGUCGGUGCUGGUUCCGCCGUACCCCGCCCCCGCGACCUUGGUUGAGCAUGUUUUCCAGGGCCCAGGUGAGGCGGCUUCUGCAGCGGGUGCCCGGAAAGCAGCGACUUGGCGUCUACAGGUUUCUGCCCUUCUUUUUUCUCCUGGGAGGAACGAUGGAGUGGAUCAUGAUUAAAGUGCGCGUGGGCCAGGAGACCUUCUACGAUGUCUACCGUAGAAAAGCCUCAGAAAGACAGUAUCAGAGGAGGCUGGAAGAUGCAUCAGAGACUGAACUUCAGCAGUCAAUAAAGUGAAGAUGAAAUGUUACUAGUUUCAAAUUCUUUAAAAAUGUACAUUCAUUAAAAAAUACAUUCAUUUUCAUGUUGAGGGAAGCACAUUGUAAAGUACACCUGAUCACGGUGCUGUACACCUGAAACUAAUACAAAAUAAUAUUGAAUGUAAACUGUGAUUAAAAAACAACAGAACACACUGCUAACAUCCCAGGGAGUUCCUCCUUUCCUGUGCACUUAUGGGGGGUGUUCACCUGGCCCCAAGGUCUGCAUCGGAGAAUUUGAACAUGCUUGGAAAACUGCAUCCUGUAUUUUCUACUUAAGUGACACCUCUGUGCAGUCAUCUAUCUGAACUAUAGCAAUUUGUCCUUUACAUUCUAAGGAAGAAAUAAAUUUGAAGCAUAGAAAAA